CCUUUAUAUAAAGUCCAUUAAUUCCAUUCUCUUUAUAUCAUGCAUGUCUCAUGACUUAUAAUAUUGUCUUACCCAUGCAUGCAAUCUAUCUAACUUGAUCAUCACAACAUGCUUCCUUUCUUCAACCAAUCUAUGGAACUCGUUCCGAAUCCCAUCAGAACUCGAAACAAUCUCUCUCCGACACUCGGAGAACUCCUCAAACGCGUCGAAGAUGCUCAAAACGACAAAAAUAUUGCCGAUCAACCUCACCAUACUCUCGACGUUUCUUCCUCCUCCUCUUCCACCACCCUUCCCCCAUCUUUCUUCCUUUCUUUCACCAACUUAACAUACAGCGUCAAGCUACAAAAGAAGUUUUCUUGCUUUUCCUCAAAAGAAAAUUCUCUUCCAAAUGAUCCAGAAGCCGAAACAAAACAAAAUGGUAUGAAGAUUCUCCUCAAUGACAUAUCUGGUGAAGCCAGGGACGGAGAGAUCAUGGCAGUUCUCGGCGCAAGUGGCUCCGGCAAGUCAACACUAAUCGACGCUUUGGCUGAUAGAAUCUCCAAAGAUUCUCUCAGAGGCACUGUGACACUAAACGGCGAGGUUUUGGAGUCAAGUCUUCAGAAGGUGAUUUCAGCUUAUGUUAUGCAAGAUGAUCUUCUCUUCCCCAUGCUUACGGUGGAAGAAACUCUCAUGUUCUCCGCCGAGUUUCGCCUCCCUCGCUCCCUCUCAAAAUCAAAGAAAAAGGCUCGUGUCCAAGCAUUAAUCGAUCAACUCGGUCUCCAAAGGGCCGCCAACACCGUCAUCGGAGACGAAGGUCACCGAGGUGUUUCCGGUGGAGAACGUCGCCGUGUUUCAAUAGGAACAGACAUCAUUCACGAUCCAAUCAUUUUAUUCUUAGAUGAACCAACCUCCGGAUUGGACUCCACCAGUGCUUACUUGGUGGUGAAGGUUUUGCAGCGAAUUGCUCAGAGCGGUAGCAUCGUGAUGAUGUCCGUUCAUCAACCAAGUUACAGAAUCCUCGGUUUGUUAGACCGUGUGAUCUUCCUCUCCCACGGUCAAACCGUCUACAGCGGUUCUCCGGUGAACCUCCCUAAUUUCUUCUCCGAAUUCGGCCAUCCCAUACCGGAAAACGAAAACCGAACAGAAUUCGCAUUAGAUCUGAUCCGUGAACUUGAAGGAACUUCCGGAGGAACCAAAAGUCUCGUCGAGUUCAACAAAUCAUGGCAGUUAAAAAAUCAACCACCGUCUGCAACCAUCGUUAAUAAUAACGGACCUAGACUGUCCGUAAAAGACGCCAUCAGCGCAAGUAUCUCAAGAGGGAAAUUAGUUUCAGGAACUAACGGAGGAAACGGAAACACAACUGCAUCGUUAGUUGCCACGUUUGCAAAUCCAUUUUGGAUUGAAAUCGCGGUUAUUGGAAAAAGAUCUCUAACAAACUCAAGGCGGAUGCCCGAAUUAUUCGGUAUCCGUCUCGGUGCAGUUAUGGUCACCGGAGUAAUCUUAGCCACCAUGUUCUACCAUCUUGACAAUUCACCAAAAGGUGUUCAAGAGAGAUUAGGAUUCUUCGCAUUCGCCAUGUCAACAACCUUCUACACUUGUGCUGAAGCAAUUCCAGUAUUCCUUCAAGAGCGUUACAUCUUCAUGAGAGAAACUGCUUACAAUGCUUACCGUCGAUCUUCCUAUGUCCUUGCUCAUUCCAUCGUCGCCCUCCCUGCACUCAUCUUCCUCUCUUUCGCCUUCGCCGUCACAACUUUCUGGUCAGUCGGACUCGCUGGCGGCUCAUCUGGUUUUCUCUUUUACUUUUUAACUAUCCUAGCUUCCUUCUGGGCCGGUAGUUCGUUCGUGACGUUUCUCUCCGGUGUGGUUUCUAAUGUGAUGCUUGGUUUCACUGUUGUGGUUGCAAUUUUAGCUUACUUUCUUCUCUUCAGUGGAUUCUUCAUCAGUAGGGAUAGAAUUCCACCCUACUGGAUAUGGUUCCAUUAUUUAUCACUAGUUAAGUAUCCUUUUGAAGGAGUGCUUCAGAAUGAAUUUGAUAUUAAGCCGCCCAGGUGUUUUGUGAGAGGAAUUCAGAUGUUCGAUAACACGCCGCUAGGCGAUGUGCCGAGGAGUCUGAAGGUGGAGCUGUUGAAGAGUAUGAGUAAGACAUUGGGGAUUGACAUAACUAGCUCUACUUGUGUUGUUACUGGAGCUGAUAUAUUGAAGCAGCAGGGGGUUACAGAUCUUAGCAAAUGGAACUGCUUGUUCAUUACCAUUGCUUGGGGUUUCUUCUUUCGUUUCCUGUUUUACUUGGCGCUGCUAUUUGGAAGCAAGAACAAAAGGAAAUAAAUUCAAGAAAGUUUAUUAGCUAAAAUUAAAAUUAAAUUUGUAUUUUGUCGUUCCUAUAUAUAUAUAUAUAUCCUUGUAAUAAUCAAAUUAAGAGUGCAGCAGCAGAAAAACAAUACUAGUAGCUUAAUUUGUCAAGGUUAGUUUAUUAUCAAUAGCCUCUUCUGCUUGUAUUUUCUUUUAGAAAACUGAUGAUGAAUGUAUUGCUAGUAUAAUUUUACUUUU